AUGCGAUUAACCAUAGCACCCCAACUCCUAGCAUUUGGCUUGUCUUUGAUCAGUUUGGUGUGCGCUGAGAGACGGCACGAUCUGGUUCAGGAAGCCGGCCACCACGUGGUGUUCUCAUAUCCUGGCAUCGAUCCUCCGAGCCAUCUCUUCGAUUUGAUCAAACAAGGCAAAGUGGGCGGCAUCAUUCUCUUCGGCGAGAACGUCGCCAGUAAUGUCAGCAGCAUCAUCGACAGCCUUCAAGAUGCCUACAGGCAAAGCAGCACGUAUGUCGGUAGCCCAUUGCUCAUCAUGACCGACCAAGAGGGAGGCAUCGUGCGUCGAUUGCCCGGGGGCCCAAUCUCAAAUGCCAAGCAAGUUGGAGAGUCCAGCGAUCCAGAGGCGGCUGCCACACAAGCUGGCAUUGAUGCCGCCGACACGCUUGCGAAAUCCCAAGCGAACACCAACCUGGCGCCCGUGCUUGGUGUCUAUCGCGAAGCAGGAGACUUUCUGGAUCACUAUGGUCGAUCGUACGGCAACACCUCGGAACUCGUGGCAACAUGCAGCUCUGCCUUUAUUACCGCUCAGCAAGCGGCGGGUGUCAUUGCCACUGCAAAGCACUUCCCGGGUCUCGGGGCAGCUGGGACGAAGAACACGGAUGAAGGUCCCGUCGAGAUUGAUCUGACCCUGCAAGAGCUUCGAGCUGUCGAUGAAGCCCCGUACAUCAAUGCUAUCUCGGCGGGAGUGGACAUGGUGAUGACCUCUUGGGCAGUGUAUCCCUCGCUAGACGCAACAUAUCCUGCAGGGCUCAGCAAGGCGUGGGUGGAGGGAGAACUGCGAGGACGGCUCGGCUUCGGUGGGGUCACAAUUACCGAUGCGCUGGAGGCUGGAGCUUUGGAAGCUUUUGGUGAUGCCGCUGGCCGGGGUCUCUUGGCUAGCAAAGCGGGUAUGGACAUCAUUCUUGCGUCGGCUCGCGACGUGACACAAGGCGAGGCUGUCGUCGACGCACUGGCUUCGGCCUUGAAGAAUGGGUCACUCCCGCGAGCUAAAUUCACAAAGGCUACGGAACGCAUUCUGGCGCUGAGGCGACGCAUUGUCACCUGA